UUGUGUGAAUGUUUAGGUUCCACAUCCUGCUGUUGGUCAUUUCACUUUGAAUAUAUAAAUAAUGUUUGAUAGCGACGCUUAAGAAUUACAAAAUCAAACGAGAAGUCUAUAACAGAAUUAACGAACCUCGAAUUUCCAAUUCUACAGUGUGACCCUGAACGCAGCGCAGCGGUAAGAAAGUACCGGAGCAGCUCGGAGUGAAAUAAUGAGACAAUUCUUCUGACUUCUGGACACUUUGCUGCUCUAACGUUCAUCGAAACCGCGCUGUCAGUCAUAAGGAUACAACAAGCUGAGCUGAGCCGAGCCGAGCCGAGCCGAGCCGAGCCAUGGCUAGUAUCCAGAUCCGUAAGUAUAAGGACGAAGACGCCGAGACGGUGAAGGAGAUCUUCACUUUGGGGAUGAGCGAGCACGUCCCGUCCUCCUUCAUGCACCUCCUCAAACAGCCUCCCACCCAGAUGGUGCUCAUGUGCACCUUCUGCGCCCUCCUGACCAGCUCCAAGUCCUUCCUGCUGCCCGUGCUGGCCGUCACGCUCGUCCUGGCCGCCGCCCGGCAGCUGGUCGUGUACAUGUUCAACAAAUACAUCGACACCUCUCUCAAGAAGGACCUCGACAACAUCACAGGGACCUACCUGGAGCAGAAGGACUCGUGUUUCUGGGUGGCAGAAUACGACGGCCGGGUGGUGGGCACGGUGGCUUGCCUCCCUAAUGAGAACGCCCCCGCGUGCUUGGAGUUGAAACGUGCGUCCGUAUGCCGCAGUCAUCGCAGGAUGGGCAUCGCUAAAGCUCUGUGUCGGACGGUCGCUGAUUUUACCCGCGACAGGGGUUACGCAGCAGUCAUCCUGUACACCUCCACGGUGCAGACAGACGCUCAGAAGCUGUACGAGCACAUGGGCUACGAGAAGAUCCGAGAGUUCCUCAUACCCGAGUUCAUCGGCAAACUCAUGAACUUCACUCUGAUCGAGUACAGAUUAGAUUUACAGAGAGACACACAAAACAACUGAGACCAGAGAGACUGUUUAACAUUUCAGGGGCAAACCGUCCGUUCAGCAGGUUUGUAGGCGUCUGUGUACCCAGCAUGCAUUGCAGUAAUGGCAACAAAACUCUCAGGACACGUCAGGUGACAUUAUCAACACGAGGGACUGUUUACUCCACACACACUGGCAGUGAGAGGUUGGUCAUAUUUUCUUUGUCAACACACACACACACACACACACACACACACACACACACACACACACACACACACACACACACACACACACACACACACACACACACACACACACACGUUAAAUCAUCUGCCCUGUCCAUGCUCAGGGCUAAUGUUUAUUAUGACAUGUGGUCGUGGUCAGGUCACCUUGUGAAAGAGAUCUGGAUCUCUACGGGUUAAUUACCCACUUAAAAAAAAAAAGAUCUUGAUCUACACUCUACUGAAAGUAAAUUGAUAAAUUGAUGGACCUGAUCAUUUCGUUUUGUUUUGACCAUCAUGAAUGUGUCACUUUGAUUUUUUAUGCUGCAUCCAUGUUCUCCUCAAACGGCCCCAUCUCCAAAAUUCAGAAAUCAUUCUUCCAACUUCUUGUGUUCAUGAACUCUUACUCGCGGUUUCCACGGGUUCUGUGUUGUGCAGCGUUCUGUCUCUGCCGGGGUCUUGCUCCGUCCGACUGCGCACGCCCGAUAUACCCCACUGGGUCUGUUUCUGAAGCGGAAGCGGGGCUGUACUCGCAGGUUCACAAGAUCACAGGAGAACUAGAAGAUCACACGUGAA